UUAUCAAAACUGUAUUUUAAAGUUUGCGUAUGACAUUGCCUUGGUCUAUCUAAGACUACCUGUUGAAACAUAUUCCACCCACAAAAAUGGCAGCCACUAAAUCUUUCAUCGAAGAAUAUACUGGACUCUUGAAAUGUGCUAUAUGUCUGGAGAUAGUGAAGACACCAAAGUCGCUCAAAUGCUUACAUACAUUCUGUGAAGGAUGUUUGGGCACAUGGAUCAAAGAUGAAAAGGACAAUCGAAAAAAGACAUACCCUUGUCCAGUAUGUAUGUGUGAAAAUGCCGUUCCUGCAAAAGGUGCAAGAUCGUAUAUGACCAACUUUACCAUGAAGUCGAUGGCUGAAGCUCUAGAAAAGGCCAAACAAGAAGAUGAGAAAGACAUUGAAUGUGACACAUGUAUGCAGGGUGAAGACCAUUCAAGUGCUGUCACCAGAUGUGUUGAAUGUGCCGAAUACAUGUGUGAAAUAUGUGAGAUAUAUCACGGCAGAAUGAGAUCAACAAAAUCUCAUCAGUGCGUUAAACUGACCGGAGAUCCAGAGAGAGAUGCCAAGAUCGCAAUAGAGAGCUUGGGUCAGAGAAACGUUGAUUGUUCCAAGCAUGCUGAGCAGCCACUCGAGUUCUACUGUAAGACACACAAAAUUCCUGUAUGCAGAGACUGUUGUAUAACUGACCAUUUUGGACAUCCCUGUGUUGAAAUCGAUGAUGUGGCAAAGGCAGAAUUGCGCAAAGUGUCUGCAUUGAUGGGUUUAGCCACCCAGCGAAAAAACUUGCUUGAAAGUCAACUCGGAACAUCAGUUGAUUUAACAGAUGCCCAAGGAAAGAAAUUCACAGAACUUCUCAACUCCAUUAAUUUUGAUCGACAGGCUGCACAAAAUGAACUUGAUAAACACUUUAACAAACUUGAACGUGAUGUGCAAGAUUUACAAGAUAAAACCAUAAAGCAAAUUGAAUCCCAAAGAAGCCAUUUAGAGCAACAAAAGGGCAUUACUGAGACGACAUUACUUUACGUAACCACUCUACAGAAAUAUGGACACCCCAUUGAAAUCAUGAAAUCAAGAGCCGAUAUAAACCAAAUACUUCAAAACUGGAGCCCAAUGACUUCUACUGCAGACUUUGACACUCUUGCCAAAUCUCUUGAAAAAAUUAGAUAUCAACCUCGCCGCUUGGACGUAUCUAAACUGGGACACAUUAUUUCAGCAUCUGAUAAGGGGCAAACCAGGGUGUCAGUGACAACUGUAAAACGAAAGUGACUUCCAAAGUUUUCCAUUUAAACUUUACAGAGAACCAGACAUUUGUUUGAUAAUAUUGAUACAUUAAGUAGAUAACAUAUACACAUUAUAUGAUAAUCAUAAUAAUGAUUGUUUGACAAGAAUUGUAGAUCAUGUAAGAAAUGCAUUGACUAAAAUGGCAUCCAAAGGAAACAAAUGACAUUUGUUAUACUGUAACAAAUGUAUAACAAGCAUAUACAAGUAUAUAACCCAGAUAUAUAAUCGGAACUUACUACUCCAGAGAAGUGCAAACAUUGCUCUCAAAAAACCUAAAUACACUAUGUUUAUCAAAAAUCAUUAUUUCAGUAAUUCUGUUUACACAGUGUUGGAAGAAGAGACAACAUUAUGGGCUUUUUGGCUUUUAACUAGAGAAUGCUCAUGGCAACAUCAAGUGUUUUU